AUGGUUAGGAAGCCCAAUAAGCACUUAUCUGGCUCUCGCAAUGGCAAUAAUAAAGAUGUUAAAACCAGCACGGUUGAUAGAAAGCGUUCGCUAGUCGAAGCCGACGAGCCAAGCGAUGAUGAAUUGAUGGUAGAUGGUCUAAUAGACGACGAAGCAGACGAAUCAGAUGGCGAAGACAGUGAAGGAGAGGAAAAUGUGAGCGGGGAUGACGAUAGCGACGGGGAUGAAACAGGUUUAUAUCAGUCUGCUGAGGAAGGAUUAGAUGACGAAGAGCAAGAGGCGGAAAGUGAUGAUCAAGCUCAAGAUUCGGACGAAGAGUUUAACAAACUUCUUGCUGAGGAAGAGCCAGAAACAGGUGACUCAGACGCUAAUGAAUCGCUGGAAUUUUCUGAUAAUGGCGACUCUGCUUCCAUGAUAGAAAAACUUGGUAGCAUCAAGUUGAAUACUAUUCCAGAGGGCAUUCACACGACGUUUUCUGAUGGUAGACCUCGUGUUAUCAAGCCAGAGAUCCAACCUACUUACGACAGCGAUGACAGCGACGUAGAGACCCAGAAUACCAUCGGAAACAUCCCACUGUCUGCUUACGACGAAAUGCCACACAUUGGUUACUCCAUCAACGGUAAGAGAAUAAUGAGGCCAGCCAAGGGCUCGGCUUUGGAUCAGCUGCUGGACACUAUAGACCUUCCAGAAGGUUGGACGGGUCUCGUGGACAAGGACACCGGCGCAAGUCUUAACUUGAGUCAAGAAGAGCUGGAACUUAUAGCGAAGAUUCAGCAAAAUCAAAAAACCGAUGAUUCUGUAGACUCGUUUGAGCCUUACGUGGACUGGUUCACUAGACACACCGAGACUAUGCCCUUAACUGCCGUGCCGGAACCUAAAAGAAGAUUUGUUCCUUCGAAGAACGAGGCCAAAAGAAUUAUGAAGAUCGUAAGAGCUAUUAGGGAGGGCCGUAUCAUUCCUCCCAGUAAACUAAAAGAAAUGAGAGCAGAAGAGGAAGGUGCUCAAGACUAUGAUCUGUGGGGUGCCAGCGACGAGACAAAUGAUCACAUCAUGAACCUAAGGGCGCCAAAACUACCUCCACCAACCAAUGAAGAAAGUUAUAACCCACCUGAGGAGUAUUUGAUGACCAAGGAGGAGGUUGAAGAAUGGAAAAACAUGGAACCAGCUGAAAGGGAAAAGAAUUUUGUACCUCAAAAGUAUGGAGCCCUGCGGAAGGUUCCAGGUUAUUCUGAAUCUGUUCGUGAAAAGUUUGAAAGAUCUUUAGACUUGUACCUUGCCCCCAGAGUUCGCAAGAACAAGUUAAACAUUGAUCCAGAAUCUCUAAUUCCGGAACUGCCAUCUCCGAAGGACUUGCGUCCUUUCCCAACUCGGUGCUCUACGGUGUACAGGGGUCAUGAAGGCAAGAUCAGAACUCUUUCGAUCGAUAAUAGUGGCCUAUGGCUUGCUACAGGUUCUGACGACGGUACGGUUAGAGUUUGGGAAAUCUUAACUGGUCGGGAAGUCUACAAAGUCCAGAUUGUUGACAAGAAGGAAAACGCAGACGAUAAUGUCGAGGUCGUUGAAUGGCAUCCAGAACAAGCUAGCGGAAUUCUCGCUGUAGCUGCCGGUGAUAACAUCUACUUAGUAAUCCCUCCCAUCUUUGGGUUUGAAAUCGAAAACCAUGGAAGGACGAUAAUCGAAGACGGAUUUGGUUUUGACACCUUUGGAAAUGUCAAGAAAUCUAACCUCAAUGUCAAUAGUGACGACGAAGAUGCUCAACCAGAAGCUCGAGCGGUGAAGAGCCAAGUGGCUCAAUGGAACAAACCUUCGCAGAAACAGGCUGAGCGGGAUAUUGCGGUCGUUAUUACCUGUAAACACACGGUGAAAAAGCUCUCAUGGCAUAGAAAAGGUGACUACUUUGUUACUGUUCAGCCUAAAUCCGGUCAUACAUCUGUGCUAAUCCAUCAACUAUCUAAGCACCUUUCGCAGUCGCCUUUCAAGAAAUCCAAGGGGAUUGUAAUGGAUGCCAAGUUUCAUCCUUUCAAACCACAGUUGUUCGUGUGUUCUCAGAGAUAUGUCAGGAUUUACGAUUUGUCGCAACAGAUUUUGGUGAAGAAAUUGAUGCCUGGUGCUCGUUGGCUAUCGACCAUCGAUAUUCACCCAAGAGGUGAUAAUUUGCUUGCAUCAUCCUUUGACAAGCGUGUCCUGUGGCACGAUUUGGAUCUAGCGAGUACACCAUACAAGACCUUGAGAUACCAUGAAAUGGCCGUUAGAAGCGUCACAUUUCACAAGAGACUUCCUCUUUUCUGUUCGGCUUCCGAUGAUAGCGUUAUCCACGUUUUCCAUGCCACUGUUUACGAUGAUAUGCUAAAGAAUCCGCUAUUAGUGCCACUAAAGAAAUUGGAAGGUCAUAAAACAUCCAACAGCUUAGGUGUACUUGGUCUAGCUUGGCACCCUCGUGAAGCUUGGUUGUUUUCUGCUGGCGCUGACAAUACAGCCCGCCUAUGGACCAGUUGA